AUGAAGCUACACAAAAUAAUAAAUACUCUCAAUAAGAUGACAGAAGAGGUGUAUAUCCCGAGACCACAACGAGGAAUUCAUCCUCAUUUAACAAUAUCGUACCCACUGGUCGAUGGUAUCGAAGAAAUCGUCGAAUCCGUCGCAAAUUUGCUGAAAAUCGAACAAUUAGAACCAGAAGACUUUCCGGAGAUUAAAAUUUCAUCGAUGGUUGCGAUGAUGGCGGUUUUGUUGGAAAUGAAAGAUAAAUUGAUACUUUUGGACCUGUUUAAACGGUGGGCAAUCAACACGAGAAUAGAUGACAGUUUGUUGGCUGGUGUUGUCCAGUCACUUCGCAUUUUCGAUAUUCAUUUUAAUGAAGUUUAUACGAUUCGUGCUGCAAUGUACAAUUACAUCACAAAGCCGUCCGCCUAUGAAACGACAAUUCUCAAAAUCUAUCCGGACGGAAAAAUCGAAGUUCAACCGAGACGAAUCGAUGAGAAUGAAGUGAAACAUCAUACUUAUGUUCUGAAGAAACUUCGAGAAGUCACUUCACUCGGCCAACCGACUAAUUUCAGAACAAUGGCUCAAUACGAUUUCAGCUGUAAAUCAAAAUAUCGUUCAGAUCAAAUAAUGCAACAAUUGUCGUAUUUCAAUACUUCUGGAUACAGUAUAUCCGAUGGAAAGAGUUGUUUCGGUAAUAGUUUUGGAAAAGUUAGAAUUACUGAACCAGAGGAAGAAGAAAAAGGAGAGGAAAGUGAAGAGUCAGAGAAAUCUGAAGAAUCUGAAGAAUCUGAUGAAUCCGAGAAAGAAGAAGAAGAAGAAGAGAAGAAUCCAGUGGAAAUACUCUCGGAUUAUGUAGAUAAACCAGUAUGGCCACGAAGAAUUGAGGGGGAAAAUCCAUUCGAGAAAUUGGAAAAAUUGACGAUUUGUACUCAGGAGAAAACAAGUAUCGACAAGGAGAGAUGGCAGCUCAAUAGCUCAUAUCCAGAUUUUGGAUCGCUACCCACAAGCCCCACCAGCUCCAGUACCUGCACCGACUCUUCCGAUCCCAAUCAGUUAUUCUUCGAAUUCCCCGAAACUCCGCCCCUUGCGAAAUCCAUAAAAGUUUAUAGUUAA